AUGGUCAUUGAUCAGCAAUCCAUCAGGCAAUUCUGUGCAAACGAUGAUUACCAGGCCAAGCCGGACCAGCGGUCGGCAGACCACAGUUGGGGCCGCCAAGCACCGGUGUCGGCCAGUGGUUUUGAAGGGGUCUGGCUGGACUGCACUGAUGGACAGACCAAUCCAGUCCCCACCACCAUCUCCCACGUCUUCGUGGACGCCCGACCGCCGCACCGGGUCAUGCGUGAGUUCAAGCCCGGCGAUCCGGUGAUCACAAAAGGUGGCAGGAAAGGUAUUGCCGAGUUCCAGGUUGGCAGCCGCUGGCGGGUGCAGUUCGAGGACGGUGAGCUUGUACAGCGGAAGAUGCUGAAGAAGGGGCGCUUGCAUCACACCAGCUUGCGCACGGACGGGAGCAAAGAACACAAGCUUGACUUGCUUCGAGAGAUCUUGGAGUCCCGGGAUUUCGAAGAGGCUGUCAUCAUUGUAUUUUGCCGGCGAAGGGACACUGUCAUGGAAGUCUUCAAAUAUCUCAAGGAGCACUUUCUUGGCGUGGUCACUUGCCACGGCGGCAUGACGCAAUCCUUCCGAAGCAAGUCCAUCAAGGCCCUGAAAGAAGGAAAAGCCGAGAUCUUGGUGGCCACGGAUAUCGCAGCUCGAGGCUUGGACAUCCCGGAGAUCACUCAUGUGGUGAACUUUGAGCUACCCCUCGUCUUGGAUGAGUUCGUCCACCGCUGUGGUCGCACUGGCCGCAUCGGGAAGCAGGGCACCACCGUGACCUUAGUCACCGGCCGCGAGAAGAUCUUUGCGGCAGGGAGGACCACAUGGAAGGUUUGUCUCCUGAUCAAUUUGCCGCUCUGCAACUGUGGAGGGAUCCAUGGGACUCCCGUGGAGAAGUAUCCUUUGCCAGUCGAUGCGGCGCAUGGUGAUCAAUCAGGGCCACGAGCUUCCGGAGUGGAUGAGCCUACAGGCGUGGGCCGAGUGGGUCGCCAGUUGGACCAGACGAUGACUGAUCAAGAGGAAGAAAGUGUGGACUUGUGUCAGGCCUCGCAUAACAUUUGGCACCAAUUUGCGGUUCCAUUAGCCCAAGGUGUGGUCCUGCCCGCAGCACGCAAUUUUGGCUGCGGAAAAUUGGCCUUGAACAAAGAACCAGAGGGCAGGAAGAUUGUGACCGUGAAGGAUGUGGAGCCCGAGAAGUUCAUCUCGGCCUUCUCUCAGCACUUGAAGCGCCAAGGCCGCUUCGAGCUGCCCAAGUGGGCCGAUGUGGUGAAGACCAGCAAGGCAAGAGAGUUGCCACCCUCAGACCCGGACUGGUUGUAUGUUCGCACUGCGUCAAUGGUGAGGAAGAUCUACAUCCGAAAGGGCAUGGGUGUGGGUGCCUUCCGCAAGGUGUAUGGCAGCCAACAGCGCAGAGGCACCUGCACCAACGUCUUCACCAAAUCAUCGGGCAAGAUCGCCAGAUACAUCUUGCAACAGCUUGAGGAGAUGGGCCUGGUGGAACAGGAUGAGGAAGGCGGCCGCAUGAUCACCAAGGAAGGCCAACGUGAGCUGGACACGGUGGCCGUGCAGGCGGCGGCCGAGGAGGACGUGGCACCCGAUGUGCGUUCGGCCUAUAUCAUAAAGAACCGGGACAUGCAACGGAGGACCAAAGCCAACUUGAUGAACCGGAUGGCAGAGUUGGAAGGUACUCGGUUGUCUUCUAGAGAGCUCAACCGCGGGACGUUCAGCCUGAUGAAUGUGGAUGACGAGGAGUUCGACCAGAACCAAGGCAGAGGGGGAAAUUAUCAGGUCUUCCGAGGCGACAGCUUGGAAGCCCUUGAAGCUUGGGACGAGUCGGAGAUGGACGACGUGGAGGAUGCCAAUGAGAACUUCCAGGAGGAGUACUCCAACCAGGAGAGAGAAAUCCAAAAUGCUCAGUCACUGAAGUAG